AUGGAGCCAGAAAUAGUGGAUUUAUUGACUCCCCUUAAAGAAUUGGGGGAAGCAUGCGGCUAUGACGCCUGCCCGAAAUUAUCAGAAGACCGCAUCAAUGUCCACAUUGUGCCGCAUUCGCACGCUGAGCUGGGUUUUUCAAAAUAUUUCGACGAUUACUGGACGGGUGGUGAUUUCGAUGCUACAGUGGAACUCCCAAUAGCAGCAACCAUGGAUAACAUGAAAAUGGUGUUAGAUGCGACGAUCACCGAACUUUGGGCUAAUGAUGAACGAAAAUUCACGCUGUCCGACUCUGAACUCCCAUAUUUCUUCUAUUGGUGGGCGAGGCGUGAUGGUACUGUACGUCGAAUGGUAUACCAACUUCUUCGGCAAGGACGUCUCACUAUUGUUGGAGGUGGUUGGGGAAUGAACGAAGAAUCAACAACCAGUUACCAAUCUAUUAUAGACAGCUAUACCUACUCUUUAAGAAAAUUAAAUCGAACAUUUUUAUCUUGUGCGAAACCACUUGUGGCGUGGCAAUCGGACGUGUUCGGACAUUCCCGUGAAUACGCGUCUCUAAUGGCUCAGAUGGGUUUCGAUGGUCUCUUUGUCAAUCCCAUUAGCUUUGAUGAUGAACUGGUUAGGAUGGACAUGAAUGCUUUGGAGUUUCUGUGGAGGGGGAGUGACGACCUUGGUAUGGAAACGGACAUAUAUACAAACAAACUAUUCGAUGGGUAUUGGUCCCCUCCAGGCUUCUGUUUUAGCGUCUCUUCCUUUGACCCACUGCUUGUUACCAGCGAGAAGACUUUCACUAAUGUUGAAGAACGAGUAAACCUAUUCAUAUCACUAAUGAAAUUCCGCCAAGCGCCAUAUUACAAAACCAAACAUAUACUGGUGAUGAUGGGCAGUCGAAAUGGGUAUUAUUCAGCUAGAACAUGGUUCAGAAACAUCGACGCUUUGAUUGCCGCUGCGAACGAAAAGACGUACGCGGAUAGAACACAAGUUUUCUUACAUUAUUCAUCACCACAUUGUUAUUUGAAAGCUGUUCAUGAGGCUCGGCCCACUUUAGAAAUGAAACAAGACGAUUUUAUUCCGUACGCUUAUGACAAAACUGCGUAUUUAACUGGAUUUUAUACUUCAAGACCGGAUUUGAAGUAUUUUAUUAGAGUUGGAAAUGUUUUCUUACAAAUGUCAAAACAGUUGCAAGUACUUGCUAAUUUGGGAUUUGACAAUGUUUUAGAGGACUUUAUGUGGAUCAUGGGCGUUGUUCAAGACCACAAUAUAAUAUCAGGAGCACUACGGGAUCACGCUAAAAGUUAUUACAUUAAGAAGUUAGAUGUAGCAAUACACAGAUCUAUGGCGUUGAUUGAAAGCGGGCUUAACAUACUUCGAAACAGUCCAGUUGCAAUAAAGUACCAUCGCUGUGAGUUCAACUCAUCAACAUGUGCUAUCGCGCAAUCGCCAUCAUUUCAUAUUGUAAUAUAUAACUCAUUGGCAUGGCGUGUGUCUUCUCCCGUAAGAAUACCAGUAGAGAAAGCUAAAUAUAUGGUAUUUGAGCCAAACGGUAAAGUACUAAAUGCCUCACUUCUACCAAUAUCUACCCAUGUACUGAAAAUUCCCACUCGAAAUACGAAAACAGAACACGAACUAGUCUUCAUUGCGACCGAUAUACCACCUCUUGGUUUUAAAUCUUACUUCUUCAAAAAAAUAAUAAAAGAAAAACGGUCAAUAAUAAAAAAGUUAAGCCCACAUCCUCAAAAGAAGUAUUAUAUACGCCAAGCACCAGACGUUUAUAAUAAAACAUAUUUUGAAGAAAUGGCAAAUUAUGACGAAGUUGAUGAUUUAGAUAAAGUAUAUUCAUCGAAAUUUGAUUUCAACAAUAAUAGAGAAUAUAUAGAAAAUAACGUAGAUUAUGCAGAAUCAAAUGAGAAUAAAAAGGAAGAUAAUUACGCGUCUAUUAAUAGUUAUUUAGCUGAUAAUAGAGGUGUUGUAACGCCGCUGUCUGAUCAGAUCCCAAAAAGAACAGAACUUUACGAAUUGGAGUUUACGGAAGAGACUACUUUUGGAAAACCGAUUUAUUUUGAACCUGUAACGGCAAAAUAUGUAGAAGUUACCCGGACGAUGCCAGUUGUUAAUGCUUUCGUUAACGAAGAUGGAGAACCGUCAUUUAGACUAGAUCCAACAGAUUUUAUUGAAUCACUAAUGGAUGUAAGUGAAACAAAACCAUCUUCUUCAGAAGCAUACGAAUCAGUAACAACAACGACACUAACAUCAGAAACGACACAGGCAACAGAAAUAAUACCAUCAACAGAAACUAUAAAGGCCUCUGAAAGAGGUACAACUGAAGAAAUUACAACCACAGAUGGAAUUUCAACAGAAACAUCAACAUCUUCAGAAGUCACUGAAACUUCAGAACUACCAACAACGACCACAUUGACGACUGAAGAAAGCCCGACCGAACAGACUUCAGAAACAAGCCCAACCGAACAGGCUUCAGAAGCAAGCCCAACCGAACAGACUUCAGAAACAAGCCCAACCGAACAGACUUCAGAAACAAGCCCAACCGAACAGACUUCAGAAACUAGUUCUACAGAAGAGACACAGAUUUCAGAGACAAGUUCAACAGAAAUGACAGAGCUUUCAGAAAGUUCUACAGAAUCGAAUUCAGAAAGUUUAACAGCAGCAAUGCAAAAUGUAAUAGCAAUUCAUGUAACUCGAACAACACAUAGAUCUUUUACGACAGACGUCACACAGAUAUUAGAAGAAGAUUCGAUUCCUCUAAAACCUGAAGUAUUUGCAAAAGAUGUAACUCGCACAACAAAAGCAACACUAAGGUCUUAUUCGACAGAAUCAACAAUACCAGCAACAGCAACAACACAAACAGCAACACAUGAAACUUCAACAAUAGAAGUAACGUCAGACCUUGCGACACCAAUUAAAGAUAUUACAACAGAAACUAAGAUUUUAGAGAAAGCUAAAAUUAGUUAUACUGAGAAACCAGAGGUAGCCCAAACACCAAAAUUUAGAGUUUAUGAUAUAAAAGAUGAAUCAUACUAUGCAGUGCUUUCUAAAGAUACAUUUAUAGAGAAUAAAUACAUAAAAAUAAAUUUGGAUCAAGACAAAAUAUCAUCGAUUAAUCUUUCAAAUAACAUUAGCAUCUCACUGGACAUACAAUUUUUCUACUACAUAUCAGAUGACCCAGAUAAAUUAAAUAAACCAAACGAGACAUUAAGCCCUGGAGUGUAUAUCUUCAGACCCAUGGAUCCUAAUCCAGUGCCAAUAAUAGAUUAUCUAGACACAAAAGUAUAUAAAACGGAUAUAGUACAAGAAAUACAUAUUGGGUACGCUGAUUAUGCAUCUGUGGUUAUAAAACUAUACGUCAAUAGUCCAUUUAUAGAAUUAGAUUGGACUAUUGGGCCAUUACCCGACGACGAUUAUGGGAAGGAAGUUUUUAUAAGAUAUUCCACAGACUUGAAUAACGAUGGAGUGUUUUAUACAGAUUCAAACGGACGGCAAACGCUUAAAAGAAUUAAGAAUAGACGAGCUACGUAUGAACCAUAUAAUAUUGAUGAAAUUGCUGGUAACUUUUAUCCAGUUACAUCAAAAAUCUAUAUAGAAGAUACAGAGAAAGAUAUUCGAUUCGCAGUUUUCAACGAUAGAUCACAAGGCGGAACUUCCUUAAUACCAGGAACCAUAGAUCUUAUGAUCCAUCGUCGAAUUAUCACCGACGACUCUGGCACUAAUAUCUUUUUAAACGAAACUAUGGACGGAAAAGGGAUCACUUUACGUGGGAAACAUUAUUUAUAUCUAUCUAAAUCUAAAUAUAAACCGAAUAAAGUGUACGAAAAGAAGUUAGCCAAAGAAAUUGAGUUAAAACUUGUGUAUUUGAUUUCGAAUACGAAAAUGCAUUUACAAAAAUGGCUGACUUUGACAAAUGAAUUUUCAGGCAUUGACAAAUUGCCAUUGGGCGUUCACGUUUUGACAUUACAGAAUUGGAAUGAUGGAACACUAUUAAUAAGACUAGAGAAUUAUUUAGAAAAAUGUGAUACAGUUAAAACGGGGGUGAAAUAUGUGUUUUUAAAGAAUUUAUUUUAUAAUAUAGGAAUAGAGACUAUAAAAGAGACAACAUUAGCAGCUAAUGAAUGGAAAUCAGAUUUUUUACAACUGAAGUGGGACACAAACGGCAGUUUUUUCAAAAAUUUUAAUGAGUAUUAUGGUACUGAUAAAGUGGAAUACGAUUUAGAUGAAAUCAGAGGUGAUGAUGGGGAUUUAGAUAAUGGUAUACGACUUGUGCCGCAACAGAUUAGGACGUUUGUUGCUUGGUUUAAGAAUAAAAAUCUUUAA